UCAAUUUCGACCUCCAUCGAGUGGAUUGGAACUUGGUACAGUGUCUUGUUCCCCCCAUGUUGGCUGGAACUCUUGCGACUUUGGUCUACUUUUCUUUCGCUUUCGCAAGAUAGUCACACGAUUCCCUCCGACGAACACACGAGAUCGUUCGUCACUUUCCGGGCUCAUUGACGGCAGAGUCUCGAGCCAGCGAGCUAUUUGCUGCACCUGGUGCGGGGGAGCAUCGCAUCAGUAACGUGGGCUCUUAGCCUUGCAUCGCCUAUCUUGCCAGAUUGGCAAAACCCACCAACGCAACAUCGCAACCGCCAACGACUGCGCGCACCCACGGCCGCAACGAGUCUCGAUCCAACCUGCACACACUUUGUGUGCUUUCAUACGCAAUACCGUCAAUCGCAAUCAUUAACUUGAUUCCGACCAUCCGAUAGACGACUCCUCGAUCUUGCCCCAGCAACCACAUCACCACACCAAGGAAAAAAACACAAACACACGUACACACCAAACCAUGCCGAGCGCAACAGCCUCGGGCGCCGACUCAGGCGGCGGCGCCCGCAACCGCGAGCACAACCAGGGCAACCAGGCCCGCGCCUACACGGUCGACCAAAAAGCCGCCGUCCUGCGGAUCCGGAAAUGCUCGCCGACGGCUUUUUACGACAUCCUCGGCCUCGAGGAGGUAAAGACGACGGUAACGGAGAGCGAGAUCAAGAAGGCGUACCGCAAGCAGUCACUCCUGACUCACCCGGACAAGAACGGCCACGAGCACGCCGACGAGGCCUUCAAGAUGGUCAGCCGCGCGUUUAGCGUGCUGGGCGACAAGGAGAAGCGCGAAAAGUUUGACCGGUUCGGUACGGAUCCUGAUUCGAGAUUUGGGCAGGCACAGGCGCAGAAUCCGUUCAGCGGGUUCGGUAGGCGGCAGGGCGGCGGAGGGGGUGGAGGAGGUGGUGGCGGCGGUGGUGGUGGCAUGGAGGAGAUGACGCCUGAGGAGAUGUUCCAGCGCUUCUUUGGCGGUGGUGGGUUUGGUGGUGGACCUUUCGGAGGCGGAGGUUUCGAUACGGGACCUCAGUUCGUGUUCAACUUUGGCGGCGGUCCGGGCUUCAGGGUACACCAAUUCGGUGGAGCGCGACCGCGGAGGAGACCGCGCGAGGCGACGGAGCAAGAAGGCGGCGGGCUCUCGACGCUCAUGGGUCUGCUCCCGAUCCUGCUCCUCUUUGUCUUCCCGCUCAUCUCGAGUCUCUUCAGCGGCGGCGGCCCCGCGACGCCGAGCAUCGUCUACGACAACCCCAAGGGCGCCUACACGUUGGGGCGGACGACGCCCAAGCUCAACGUCAAGUACUUUGUCAACCCCAAGGAGGUUGAGUCGUUUUCCAAGGGGAAGCUCAGCCAGCUGGACCAGACGGCGGAGAAUAACCUGGUCAGGACGCUACGGUUCGAGUGCGAGAACGAGAUGAUGGCGAGGCAGCGGAUGUACGAUGCGGCGAGCGGUUGGUUCUUCCAGGAUCCGGAUAAGAUGCGCAGGGCGGACGAGUUUGAAAUGCCUUCGUGUAAGAGGUUGGAGACGUUCCGUGUGGGCAGGUAAUUAAUGCUUUUGGGGGGAAUCUGUCUGUCUGGUGAUUACAUCUUUAAGAGGAAUAGAGCGGAUGAGAGAAAGGGGGAGGCAAAGGCUUUGUAUGAAAUGGACAGGGAGCUCGGAGAAGCUGAGAGACGCGUCCGGUUCACUUUUUCUCCGUUUGGCGUUUCUGGGGAGAAGUCUUUGAGAUUCAUAGCAUUGUUGGGAAACUCCGCGUCGGGCAUUUUCUUUCUGCCUUUGGUCCCCUUCUUCUUCCUUCUGUCGUCCUUUGCGAUGCAGAUGCAGUAUUCUUCUCAUAUAUUCUUUCCGCUCUUCACGCCCUGAUAUGCCUUUUCUGUCUUCUCGCUCUGACA